AUGGCUACAAUGGAUACCGUAGCCAUUAAAACUGCACCACCCCAUGCGCCUUUGGCCUCUGCACACCAUCACCAUCAACCACACCAGCCCCAUUUGAAACAUUCCAAACAUAGUUUGGCUCGUACCCAUAGCAGUAGUAGUGGUGGUGGUGGCAGCACCAGCAGCAGUACAGCCAAUAGUGUUAACCCCAACAAUAAUUCCAGUUCGACAACGAAAUCUGUUGUUGCUGCAGCCACCGUCAAUGAUGCCAUCUACAAUAAAUCAAGUAUUGGCGCAUUUUUCCAAACUUGCAAGGUCUUAUGGCAUUUGGAUGCCUUUCGCAGAUCCUUCCGGUCAUUGAAUCAGCAUGUUUGCAGUGGCCAAGACUGUAUUUUUUGUGCGCUAAAGGAACUUUUCCAACAAUUACAAACCAGCUCCGAACCGGCCUUGUGCCCUGAACCUCUGCGCCGUGCCUUGGCCUCUGGCCCAUUGGCUGGACGCCGUUUCCCUUUGGGUUGUUUGGGUGAUGCUGCCGAAUGUUUUGAACUGCUACUGCAUCGUGUCCACUCCCAUAUCUCGGCAGAUGAUAGUGACGCAUGUGAGUCACAGGCCUGCAUUGCCCAUAGACGUUUUGCCAUGCGUGUCAUUGAACAAAGUGUGUGCAAAUGUGGUGCCAAUUCCGAGCAGUUGCCAUUUACUCAGGUAAGUUAG